CCCACAUCAUGCUCCGCGGUCCUGCCCGCACACUGCGCCGGAAUGUGAAUCAGAUCCAUCUCGCACGACGCCGCGCAGCUUCUACAGCUGUGCCCCAGGAGAGCGACGUAGUCAUCGUGGGCGGUGGCCCUGCCGGUCUAGCUCUUGCGGGCGCGCUGAGCUCUACUUCCUCUGCUCGGCACGCGUUGCGCGUCGUGCUAGUCGAAGCAAGUGACUUGGACAAGGUGGGCAACUGGGCACCGCCGACCGGCACCUACUCCAACCGGGUCAGCUCCAUCACGAACGCGUCCCAGAGUUUCCUACAAGAGAUUGGUGCUUGGGCGCACGUCGAAGAAGCUCGUACAUGCCCGAUAGAGGAGAUGCAGAUCUGGGACGGCCUGUCGGAUGCACGCAUAACGUUCUCAACACAUGAUGACAGCUCAUGGGAAACGUCCAGAGCGGAACCGCUCUCCCAAAUGGCGCGGCUCACGGAAAACCUAAACCUCCAGCGAGCACUGCUCCGGCAACUCCGCGGCACUUCCGCGGUUGAGGUGGUCGACAAGGUGAAAGUGGAAUCUAUCCAGCGAGAGGACCGCGAAGGCGGCGGAUGGCCGCUUGUCCACCUCUCUGACGGCAGAGUCCUUCGCGCAAGAUUACUGGUCGGCGCCGACGGCUUCAACUCGCCUGUGCGAGCGUAUGCGGGAAUAGAAUCCUACGGCUGGGCGUACGACACCACGGCCAUUGUCGCGACGCUCUCCCACCACCCGCGAACACCCUACCAGGCGCCGAAUACGAUUGCCUAUCAGCGCUUUCUCCCUACCGGACCAAUCGCGUUCCUCCCUCUCUCCCCGACCACCUCCUCCAUGGUCUGGUCGACCAAGCCGCAUUUGGCCAAGACCCUCCUGUCCUCGGACCCGGCUGUCUUGACGAGUAUGAUCAACGCAGCGUUCCGGCUGCCGGACGUGUCCCUGCGGUACCUGCACAACGCCAUACUGGAAGCAGCUAACUCCGGCGCAUCGCUGGAUGCACAGCAGCUCCAGCAAGAGAUUGCCUGGCGAGAGCGCUCGCACGGAAUCGACGCACGCUCGGCGUACUCCCUCGCAGCGGACGCUACGGGUGUGCCCCCUGCAGAUGCGGACUCGCUCCCGCCGCUGGUCACCUCAAUCCAACCGGGCACCGCUGCGUCCUUCCCGCUGCGCUUCAAUCACGCGGACGAGUAUAUCGGAGACCGCACCGUGCUCGUGGGUGACGCCGCGCACACGAUCCAUCCGCUGGCGGGCCAGGGCCUGAAUAUGGGUCUCGGAGACGUUGAGGCGCUCUUCCGGUGUGUCAACCAGGCCGUACUCACCGGCAGUGACAUCGGCUCGCGCACGGCGCUCCUGCCCUACUCCCGCGCUCGCUACUUCGAGAACCACAAGAUCAUGGCCGCGUGCGACAAGCUGCACAAGCUCUACUCCGCCACCGCCGAGCCGAUCGUCUGGGCGCGUUCCGUCGGCGUGGAGGUGCUCAACGAGCUCGACUCGGUGAAGGCCGCCAUGAUGCUCUCGGCCGGCAGUCGCCCAUCGAGUACCAGGCCCUCUGGCGCACAGCUCGGGGCCAAUAUCGCUGCGACUGGCCUGGAGAAUCUGGCGCGGGGCAUCAGCCGCGUGCGGACGCUCACGGAGGGCGUUGCGAACAUCGCGGGCGCGGGCGUGCAGCGGCUUCUGCAGAGCGUGAUCAAUUCCCAGCGUCGUUGAGCAUACACUCACUAUUACCGUGCGUUUUCGGGCGUGAUGGUCCCAGCACUACUACGUAUAGUUUGCAAUAAUAUCAGGGCCUGAAGAGGUUGAAUAUAUGAUGUGGAAUUUGAUCACG